AUCCAAUCUCUCAGGCACUUUCCUGUGCAAAUGCCAUGCUGUCCCUGUCACUUAAGCUCCUUUCCCAGGGGAGAUCAGCAGCACUCUCUAGAGGGCCUGGAUGGGCCAAAUGGAUGGGGAAAGCCAGAGCAGGACUCCUGGGAAGAUAAACCUGGAGCGGGACCCGUGGGGAGAGAAAGGGGGCUGCUCCAGCCGGUGCCAGAGCAGCGCCUGCCCCUGAGGCAGAGCUGCCUUUGGGAGAUGCCCAGGGCUCCUGCUGCCCCCUGCCCGGGCUGAGGCUGGCCAGGAUGGGGCUGCUCAAGUGCCCACACGCCUGGAGGAAGGACAGCAGCCUUUGGGACUGAGGCAGCUCCUGGAGGUGCAGGCACCCUGCAGCCGGAGCUUCCUCAAGCUCACUGCCAUGGAGCUGAAGUGGAUCCAUGUCUUGGUCGUGUUCCUCCUCCUGCUGUCCGUGGCCAUGACCGGCUGCUUCCUGUGGCAGUACAGCCUCCCCAAGGUGGAGCCCAAUCCAUCCGUGAUGGAGGUGAGGUCAGAAGCUGUGCAGAUGUGUCCCCGCUAUCCUGAGCCAGUGCCACUGGACCACCCCCUCCCCAUCCUGAAGGAAGCACUGGAGAAGGUGGACCAGAUGCUGCGGCAGAAGAUGCACAGCUCGGGGCUGCCGGCCAUGUCAGCCAUCGCCAUCUACAACGACACCGUGCUCUGGACGGGCAACUUUGGCAAGAGGAACGCCUCCGACCCUGCCUCGGGGGCACCCAACGAGUACACCAUCUACAGAAUUGCCAGUGUCUCCAAGAUCUUCCCCACCAUUAUGUUGUACAAGAUGUGGGAGGAAGGAAAAGUCACAUCCCUUGAUGACCCCUUGGAGCGUUAUGCCCAGAACUUUGUUAUCAAGAACCCUCUGGGGAGGCUCAAGGACUCAGAGCAGAGAUACACAGCAGAUGGCCUGGUGUUUCUGGAAAAAGGCUCGGUGCCCCUGAAGCCAUCCCUGGUCACCCUGCGCAGAAUGGCCAGCCAGCUCUCAGGUCUGCCCCGGAGGCUGCGAUCCACCAGCCUGCUCUGGAAGGGCAGCACUCAGGACGCCCUCGCACUGCUCAAGGACGACGUCCUGGUGGCCGACCCAGGAACCAGAUGCCACUACAGCAACCUGGCCUUCUCCCUGAUGGCCCACGUGCUGGCUGAGCACGCGGCUGAAGGGCAGUACCAGCGCUGGAUCUCGGAGAACAUCCUGGAGCGCCUGGGCAUGGAGGACACAGGGUUUGACAUCACGGCGCCCGUCCGCUCCCAGAUGGCCGUGGGCUUCUACGGCAGCCAGCAGCCAGCCCCGCUCUACGACCUGGGCUGGUACCGGCCCUCUGGCCAGAUGUACUCCACGGCUGCCGACCUGGCCAAGCUGGCCAUGGUCUUCCUGGGCACCUACCACCGCCGGCUGCUCGAGCCCGACACGGUGAAGACGAUGCUGACACCCCUGCUCAAGUGCUCUGUGGAAUACUUUGCUAACAAGACAGGCACGCCCUGGGAGAUUAAUGAGCAGUUGGGAUAUGAUGUCAUCAGGAAGGACGGGGACCUUGAUGGUUACUCAGCAACCUUCUCUCUCAUCCCCAAGCUCCGCCUGAGCUUCAUUGUGCUGAUGGCAGGGCCCAGACCGCAGGGUGGGGACAUUGUGACUCAGACAUACGAGUAUCUCAUCCCUGCCAUGGAGACAGCGUUCAGAGAGGCUGACAAAAGCUUGGUUCCUCCUCCAAACCCAAUCCCCUAUGUUGGCUACUACACCUAUUCCAACCUGACUUUCUAUGAGAUCAAGGUUGGAAUUGGUGGGGUGCUCCUCAUGCAGCAGUUUGGGCCUCAUGUGGAAGAGCUGAUCCCUGAAAAGUAUCGGACAAUCAAGCUCCACCACCUGGAAGAUCGCGUUUUCCAAGUCGUUUUCGACAAGGAGUUCCCAUGUGUUCUGCACCUGGGCUCGGCCUCCAUCUCACUGGAGACACAGAAUGGGCAGCUCUUUAACUUCUACCCCUUUGACCGCAAGGGUUUGUCCCCUGGCUUUGACGCCCCAGGGCUGAACACCUACAAUGUGGUGCGUGUGCUGCGCAAGCCCGUGUUCUACAGCUAAACACUCCCUCCACUCCUGGGAGUUGGCUCCAAAUCUGUGUCUUACCAGACUCUCCUGCCUCUGUGGCAUUGUGGAUGCCAUUCAAAAGGGAAGGAUGGAGGCAAAUGACUCUUUUGCCAAACAAAUCCUUCCCACUUUUAAGACUACUUUAAUGACUUGUUGUUGGCCCCAGCAGUGCACAACAGGCCAGCUGGCACCUGGACACACCAGCAGGAAAAAGAAGUGGGAAUGUGCUGGAGGGAUGUGUUUGGAUGCCAUAAAAAAAAAAGCCAGGCACUAAAGUGUCCACUCUAAUAUUGUCUGUUUGAUGAACUACUGUGGUGAUCAACUACUAUCAUCAAAGGGUUGAGAAUUCCCUGGGUCUCUCAGAAAAUGUCUCUUUAUCAGUCCAAGGAUUUUUCCAGGGCUUUUCAAGAGCCUCUCUAUCACAAACAAGAUCUCUUACAUGGGUUUGCCAAAAGCAUUAUGUGCUAAAAAGUGGCACCAGACUGACACCAGGCCUUGCUUGGGAUCCCUGGGGAGUGAGGGUCUGUUUCUCUUCUGGAUCAUAAACUUUGAAAAGUGCAGAGCAAUGUGGUUCUGUCUUGGCUCCUUGGCUGGUCCUUCAAAGGAUGUGGGAGCAGUGUAGGAGCUGAAGCUCACUGCUGGGUGAAGGGGCACAGGAACAUAAGGUGGGAUGUUGCAGCUGGAGUCAGCUCUGUAAUGGUCUCAGUAUUCAGGAAAGUGUGUGAGCAUGGUGUGGAAAUUCAGGAGUCAUAGGAACCUUUCUGUAUGUUUUGGGCAGGAUGUCUGCAUGCAAACAUACCCACUGGGUUUCUGCAGCUGGGAGUGAAGAUCUGAGGGAAAGUGCAUCAGCCUGGAGAGCACCACCUUGGUGACAGUGCCCCUGCACCUGCAGAGUCACUGGUGUAUUUCAUUAUCCCUUCCUGUGCCUGCACCAUACCAAGGCAGGCAGGACAGGGAAAUGGGACACACCAACCCCAGGCCAUACUCCAGGUGUGGGCAGAGUGCCUGGCCCUGGAGGUGCUGGUGACAGUGGCUGAACAUGAGCACAGGUGUGCCCAGGUGGCCAAGAAAACCAACAGCACCUGGCCUGUCCCAGCCAUGGUGUGACCACAGGACCAGGGCAGUGAUUGUCCCCUGUGCUGGGCACUGGUGAGGCCCCACCUCGAAUCCUGGGUCAGUUCUGGGCUCCUCAUGACAGGAAAGACCCUGAGGGGCUGGAGUG